AUGUGUUCAGUGAGUGGAAAGUCAAAGUUUUCACAGCAAUCACAAGAUGAAUAAAUAUCUCAAAUUUGCAGCUGCCUUCGAUUUAAACAAACUUAGGAAUCCAAAAUACUUGCAGCAGCAAUCAAAAAUUAGUCAAGUUUGGGAAUUAAGUCAAGCAUGUAAUUGCCCGCUUUGGGCACUCUCUUUUGUCUUUGCAUUUGCCUAACUGAUGAUUUAUUGAUUCUGUUUUUAGGGGGUGAGAUUAAUGAAACCAAAGUAAUCAUUUCAAAUGUAAUUUGCCUAUGUUAAUUCAGUUGCCCCCUGCCUCCCAAAUAAAGCCUUGAGUGCAGAUGGACUUGAAUAAAAAAAAUGGUUUACUCUGUGCGGGGGGAAAAAAGACACAUAUUUGAAUCACUACGAUUCGUUCCAACUGAAUAAAAACACAUCCUACUAGCUCUCGAUGUACAAUACAUUAAACGGAACUCAGCUAAGGGCGUGCAGAGGUGAGUCAUAAUUCUCUGAAAGCACAAGCAUCUAAUUUCACAUCUAUUUUAGCCGCAGCUGGCAUAAGUACAACUGCGCUUAUGCCGACGGUUUUCUACUUUGUGCACGGAGCAGGUGACCUACAGAAAUGGCCUGAGAGCGAUUACAGCUGACCAAGCUGAACCUUUGCUGCUCAAGUCAAGUCCAUCCUUCCAUUAUAUGUUGCAAGGUAAGCUGAAGCCCAGGUGGGAGGUGGCGGGUAUUGUUGAAGGAUGGCCAUAGCGUAACAUCUCCACACUUAUGUGCAAUUUCAUGCCCCGUGCAUUUCCAAGAAGCCGCGCUUGCAUGGUUUAUUCAUGAGAUUUGUGUGAAAUCAUAAGUUUUACAAAUUGCAAGGGAACAGAAAUCGAUGUUUCCGCUGGAGCUUCCAAGAUGGCUUAAUGAUUUUCUCUCACAUCAAAAAUGCAUUUAUUCCAGUAAUUUUGCACUUACACUAAAAUUAAGCAAACAAAAAUGAGAAUAAAUUGAUGCGAAUGGGGAAUUUCUUCUGUAUUGUGUGUUGUCAUAUUUAAUCAUGCCUAAGACCGUAUGAAGGCAUUGUUAUUGUUAAACAGCUGAAUUGAUCUCCAAGUGUGACGCUUCAUUUUCUUAUUGAAUUACUACAUGCUACAUUUGAGCUGCAAACCAGUUGAACAAUUAAAAAAAAGCAUAAUGCCACCCAAUUAUAGGCUUUCACCUAAGCAUUAAUAAUUAAACAGCUAAGCAAGUGGAGCUUAUUAAAGUAAAAUGCAAUUUGCCGUGCCAAAUGGAUUUGGGGUCCCAAGUGUUUGUAUUUGUAUUGAGAAAAGGAAGAUGCUUUUUUUUUUUUUCAAAAUGUUUUUUUCCCCCAAAAUGUUAAUCAGUGCAAUGUCACAAUACGAGAGCAAGAGUAAUUUGAUGAUCCUUUAAUUUACCACAAUUUAAAAAAUAUAUCACUUCCGUUUUAUUUAUUGUCCCAAUAUUUUAUUUCGAAAAUCAACCGGAUUCUCUCUCUUACAUCCCUGCUGGACUCUUGACGUGUGUCAAGUUGUGUCGCUCGCUGAACGCUCACAUGAAACUCCACAAGUUAGCAAAAUGAGUCAAAUAAACAGACGUGUUUGGGAAGUUUCUUUGCAAUCUUGGAAAGGCCCAGUGAGCACUCGACACAAGAACCAAAAAGAAAAAUGUCAGCAGGCCUAGUUGAAAUAUGACAGUUGAUUUCCCAAGCGUAAACGAAGCUUCUCUGCACAAUAUGUGGCGAGCUCAGUGAGAUUCGUCAACAAAUGAUGGAAACACUUGACUUUCGAAGGCGUCUGCGCUGGACAGGCGGACUACCGCAGGAGAGCUGAGUGAGCGUCGUUCUGGAAAGUUGCAAGCCUGGGGAAGGUCUCUCGCCUGGAACACUUGUCAGCACGGAUGAACGCGCCACCCAAAGCCCACCGGUGAUCGCCUCGUAAAGUAUGAACAUUUGUCAUUUCCAUUGUGCCCCCUCCGGAAGGAUUACGACACGCUGUGGCCGCAUUUGUCUCUCUAAAUAUGACAGUCUGCCAAGAAAAACCUCUGGCUGCGCAGUGUGAUGAAAGCAACCGCAUCGAGGACUUAAUUACAAGAUGAAAAGUUUCAGGAGCCACUGGGUGCAGAUGGAGCCACUUUGACAAGACCUGGUAGCAAAAAAAAAAAAAAAGAAGCCAAAUUCGAUCCAGAGCAUGAGUGUUUUUUCAAGCGAAGAGACUUGUCAUACUUGCAACUCCACCACGGAGCCAGAGGUGGACGUGGCCAAAGCGGUCUUUUUGGCAAUCGUGCUGGUGGUCUUUGUCAUCUUCGGCGUCCUCGGCAACAUCCUGGUGAUCCUCUCGGUGGUGUGCCAUCGCCACUGGCGUUCCGUGACUCAUUACUUCAUCGCCAACCUAGCGGCCGCCGACCUUCUGCUCAGCUCGGCCGUCGUGCCUUUCACCGCCACCUCGGAGGCGCUGGGUCGAUGGGUGUUUGGCCGCUUUUUCUGCAGCGUGUGGGCGGCUCUGGACGUCCUUUGCUGCACCGCCUCCAUCCUCAGUCUGUGCGUGAUCUCUAUCGACCGCUACCUGGCCGUUAGCUACCCUUUGCGCUACCCGGCCAUGGCUACCGGCCGACGAGGCCUGGCCGCGGUGGCUGCUCUCUGGGGACUCUCGGCGGCCAUCUCCGUGGGCCCUCUGUUUGGAUGGAAACAACCCGACCCGGAAGAGGAAACAGUGUGCCAAAUCACGGAGGAGCCCGUCUACGCCUUGUUCUCGGCUUUGGGCUCUUUCUACAUACCGCUGGCAAUCAUUCUCUUCAUGUAUUGUCGCGUGUAUAGUGUGGCAAAGAGAGGGAAGGAGACUCUCAAGAAAUGCGGAGAUGGAGCAGGAGUGGAGACAGAAGGGGUGGUUCUGAGGGUGCAUAGAGGGAACGCCGCUCAAAGGAACAAGCACGAAGAGGACAACGGCACCGGGAGGCACAAACACAUCGCCGGUAACCUACCCAAGAUGCUCAAGCUGCCAAGGGAGGAGAAAGCAGCCAAGACCCUUGGGGUGGUCGUGGGGUGCUUCGUUCUGUGUUGGCUCCCUUUUUUCCUGGUCUUACCAAUUGGAUCAAUGUUCCCAUCCUGGAAGCCUCCUGAGACGGUAUUUAAGAUAACCUUCUGGCUGGGCUACUUCAACAGUUGCAUUAACCCCAUCAUCUAUCCAUGCUUCAGCCAGGAGUUCAAGAGAGCCUUCCACAACGUCCUCCACGGGCGCUGCCGGAGGAACUCACAAACCCAAGGACCUCACAGUCCGGGCCUGGUAUCGAGUACCCUUCAUUUGUCGAGACCCAAUGUUGUUUCAUCAUGGCGUUGCUGCGGGAGGCUGCGCGGGUCCUCUGAAGGUGCUUCCGAUGAGUCGAGUUCAGCGAUCCGGAGCAAGAAGAGUCUUCUGAUGUCAUGGUGCUUCUCGACUCAUCAAAGUCCAGUCCCCGAGAACUCGGCCGCAAAGGUCUUGCAGCUUUCCCUUCAUGUUAAAGGGGAGCCUGUUUGAUGAAAUUGUCAAUCCAAGGCACCAAGCACAAGUUUGAAAACAAAAACCGUUGAAAAUGACUCGAUGAAACGCUUUAACAUGUUCUAGUCUUUUUCUUUCUAUUUAUUUGCCUUGUCUGGAAAGUAGUGCUUGAAUAAUAGAAAAAAAAAAAAGAUUUUUUUUUCUGCUGCAGGCUAGAGAAGUGAUACCUGAGCAGGCUUAUCUGCCAAGUGCAGGACGAUGAAGGAAUUCCUUCCAGGCAAAUAAUUUGUCAUUUUGAAGUUACCUGAGGGGAGAUCACAAGAAGCAGCGCUGUCAAUAUUCCAUUUUCACUCUCAUGUUUGAACUCUAUUGGCUCAACUUCUAACACUUUCAAAAGUGUCUCCAAUAUGCUUUCUCGGUGUCAAAAGAAAUGUGACUGAAUUCGGCAUGGCUGGGUAGAAUAUGGCUUUAUUUUCCCCCUUCUGCUCAUGUAAAUAGAAAUUUGUUGACUUGAAAUUUUGGUCACAUUUUUAGUGAUUCAAAUCUAUGCAUGCACUGGAGGCGGUUAAGUGAAAAUCAAAUGCACAAACCUUAAAAAUGAAUAAUUCACAGCAUAUUUACCCAAUCCAUGUUUGGCAAGACGAGCCACUCGCAUAUGUUAUCGUCUUCAUGUGUGGGCAUGUGUCUUUUUUUAAUUUUGCAUACUGGAUCUUAAUAACAAGCCUUACUAUGUAUUUUGUUCAUUUCAAAUUGUCAAUGUAAAGUAUAACUUUUAUUUCAAAAAUUGUUGUGUAUAGUAAGACUCUUAAAAAUGACCAUGUAUACUAAGGUUUUUUUUUUUUUAAUGACCAUGUAUAGUAAGAAAAAAAAGAUGUCCAUUAUGUCCUGUCCAAUUGAUCUUCUCUACAGCAAAUUCUGUUGAACUUCAAAUUAAGGCCUUUGCUUUCAUCUACUG